GAGAUGGCGGACGCGGUGCUGAGCGCCGGCGUCAACCUGGAGGCCUUCGCCCAGGCCAUCGCGGCCAUCCAGGCCCUGCGGUCCAGCGUCACCCGCGUCUUCGACUGCCUGAAGGAUGGCCGGCGCAACAAGGAGACGCUGGAGGGCCGCGAGAAGGGCUUCGCCGCCGCCUUCCAGGAGAGCCUCCACUCCGUCAGCCGGGACCUGGGAGAACUGGAGCGUCUGAGCAAUCUCGUCGGCAAGCCCUCUGAGAACCAUCCUCUCCACAACAGUGGAUUGUUGAGUCUCGAUCCGGUGCAAGACAAAACUCCCCUCUAUAGUCAACUACUUCAGGCCUACAAAUGGUCGAACAAGUUGCAGUAUCAUGCAGGAUUGGCAUCUGGCCUGCUGAAUCAGCAAUCCUUGAAACGGUCUGCAAACCAGAUGGGAAUGUCUGCCAAACGAAGGCCGAAAGCCCAGCCUACCACCCUCGUGCUCCCUCCUCAGUAUGUUGAUGAUGUGAUCAGCCGUAUUGAUAGGAUGUUUCCUGAAAUGUCUAUUCACUUAUCCAGGCCAAAUGGGACCUCUGCGAUGUUGAUGGUGACCUUAGGGAAAGUGUUAAAAGUCAUCGUGGUGAUGCGGAGCCUCUUCAUCGACCGAACGAUUGUAAAGGGCUAUCAUGAAAACGUCUACACUGAAGAUGGCAAGCUUGACAUUUGGUCCAAGUCCAACUAUCAAGUAUUCCAGAAGGUAACCGAUCAUGCCACAACUGCCUUGUUGCAUUACCAGUUGCCCCAGAUGCCCGACGUGGUGGUCAGGUCCUUUAUGACCUGGUUAAGGAGUUACAUAAAGCUGUUCCAGGCUCCAUGCCAGCGCUGCGGAAAGUUUCUGCAGGACGGUCUGCCACCCACCUGGCGGGAUUUUCGGACGCUGGAGGCCUUCCAUGACACAUGUAGACAGUAGGCUCCCCAGAGGCUGAUGGGAGCGCACGGAGGGAGCAGAUGUAAAGAUGGGUCACCGCUCACCAG